AUGUCUCCAAAAGCUGAAAAGAAGCCAGCCUCCAAGGCCCCAGCUGAGAAGAAGCCAGCUGCCAAGAAAACUGCGUCUUCCAUGGACGCCAGCAAAAAGAGAGUCAAGGUCAGAAAGGAAACUUACUCUUCUUACAUCUACAAGGUUUUGAAGCAGACACAUCCUGACACUGGUAUCUCUCAGAAAUCCAUGUCGAUUUUGAACUCUUUUGUCAACGAUAUUUUCGAGAGAAUAGCCACUGAAGCCUCUAAACUAGCUGCUUACAACAAGAAGUCGACGAUCUCUGCUAGAGAAAUCCAAACCGCCGUCAGAUUGAUUUUGCCCGGUGAAUUGGCUAAGCACGCUGUCUCUGAAGGUACCAGAGCGGUCACCAAAUACUCCUCCUCCACUCAAGCUUAA